AUGGCAGAACUGGACUGCGUCUUGAAGCAGCACAUUGAGAGAUCAGAAAACCGUGUUUUCUUAGGCCUAUCGAAGACAUUUCAAAAUGAACUCCUGGAAUCAAUUGAUGAGGUAUGCCUCAAUCUCAUCAGGAGUGAGGUGUCGAAGGCAAACUUUCUCGCAAUAGAAGUUGAUGAAACUACUGACUGUGCAAAUUUGUCAGAAUUGGUCCUAAUAACUUACUAUGAACUACUGGGACAAAUAAAUGAAAGAUUUAUUUCCUUUGUACGCCCAAAAAGUCACAGUGCAGACGAUGUAACUGCAGCUGUUCUCUGCGAGCUAGAGAAAAUGAAUGUACAUGAAACACCUGAAAAACUGACAGCUCAGUGUUACGACGGUGCUCCUGUUAUGAGUGGCCAUGAAAGUGGAGUUCAAACUAGAAUUAGAGAAAUGUACAGUAAUGCUCACUUUAUUCACUGUUACGCCCAUCAGUUAAAUUUAAUUGUUGAACGUUGUGUGGCAGGCAAUAAACAAGUGCGGAUCUUCUUUAGCAGCUUGGAAGAAAUUUCCACCUUUUUUUCUCGGUCUUCUAGCCGUACAGCCAUUCUUGACGAAGCAGUGAAGAAGCGUAUUCCUACCUGUCCUCAGUCCAUCAGAUGGAAUUUUAAAUCACGGAGCGUAACCACUGUGUACAAAUACCAAAAGGAAGUUGUUGAGUGCCUAGAAAGAAUUAUUGAUGAUGAUGCCAGUGAUUACAAGACAAUAAACAAGGCUACGAGACUGAAGGGUUUCCUGCAAGACGAAGAUUUCCUCUUCUGGUUAAAUUUUUUUAAUACAAUCAUGCCUCAUUGUGACAUUCUCUUUAAUCAAUUGCAACAGAGGAAUAUUGAUGCAGUGAAAACUGUUGAAUAUGUAUCGCACUUUGCAGAUUCUGUCCAGCAAAUUAGGACCUCACUUGAAACUGACGAUCACUGGGAACAGGUAGAACCAACUGAAAACGGGGAAAUUUCAGAGAAUCAAGAAUAG